AUGUCAUUUUCACAAAAAUUAAAGAAUGGGCUCUCUCCCACCCGCUUUGCUUGCUCGUCUUCAAAAACGAGGAAUUGUCAGAGCAGGUGUGUAAUAGUUUUUCUUCCAAGCGGGGUAUCGUUUUUUAUUGGUCUAUUUUUAGCCAACGAGGAGGUCAUUGCGGAGAGUUACGAUUCGGCUGAUGCAAAGGACAAAAAGGCGAGUGAAGCAAAUUCGUCAGGGGCUCCAGGAUGUCCGAAUAAAUACAACCCGUACCACCUUUGUACUGAGUACUGCUAUGACCAUUGGAGGGAGGGAACCCCGGAGAACAGGCUGUCGGAAUCCUAUCUUCGCAAACGCAAAAGAAUGCUCGCCAAGUUCCCGCUUCCUGAACCAUGGGUGGAAGUGUAUGAUGCUGGUGUAGCUAGACACUACUACUGGAAUCAGGACACUGAUGAGGUUUGCUGGGUCUCCCCUCGACAUCCUAUCGCCGUCAUUGGUGAAGCGGCACCACGAGUUGCGAAAGAGCUAAAA